ACACCGACCGCCACCGCCACCCCCCCUCCCCAACCGGUUCGGCUGCUCCGUCAUUUUGCUUAACCUCGGCAAUAUUUAUUUACUAUUUGCUCAGAGAAGUUCGGUUACUUGUCUUCGAGGGUUGUUCACUCAGCUACGGAGUUAUAUAAUAUUGUUUACAGUUUAAGUGCUAUGACUGAUGGCCCAUUUGCAGGCUACUGACAGUCAGGCUGUUGUCCAGGGUGACUUGCGCACUGGCCUUGACAGUCAAGUUCUCGUUGGCCAUAUAUCAGAAGUAGUGGACACAGCGUGGAAGGAGGACAAGUUACCUCAAGAAGAUAUUUCAGUGCCUCUUGCUGAGCUCCCAGAUCCAGACGCAGACAACGGAGACUGGCAAAUGACAUUGAAGAAACAAGAGGAACGGUGGACUGACUUAUCCCUCGACGUGCUGAGAGACCAGCAGACCCAGCCGCUCCAGAACUAACCAGGACCAGCACUAAAAAAUGGAGCUGCCUAAGAUAGGUGAGCGAUGCUUUGUCGCCACUUGCUCACAGUUGGAUUUCCUGCCAAUCAGUUGUAACUACUGUUCCCAAACCUUUUGCAAAGAUCAUUCAUUACCCAUGAAUCAUGAGUGCUCAAGCGUGCCAGACAAUUCAAUUUCUGAUGAUCAGGCAGUGGCUACCAUAGAGAGCUACCCGUGCAGUUCUGAUGCUUGUGAUGUGCGGGACGUGAUAGAGCUGCUGUGCACUCAUUGCAAAAAACAUUUUUGUGUAUCACAUCGCCACCAUGGAUGCAUGGAUCCCAGAAGGGAAGCACAAAGGGCUCGCCGAGAAAGAUUUGAAGCCCCUAAAAGACAAUUCAAUCAAGCUAAAGAAGCUGUCAAUAAAAUGCUUGAUGAGAAAAUAGAAAAAAAUCGAGCAUUAAGUGGAACAAAGAAGGACACUGCUAAUAAAAUUCAGCUGAUGAGGAUAAAGCAGAAAGCUACAGGGCGGAAAAAUGUGCCUAUCUCCUCUCGAACAUACUUUCUUGCUCAUUGGAUUCCCAACGGAAGCACAGAGCCUCAAAGCAAGGCAGUAUUUGUUAACAAAGAAUGGCCUUUAGGUCGAGUUGUCGAUGAAAUUGGAGAUCAGUGCAAAAUUAUUACUGACCCUAAUCCAUCAUCACCUAAACUCCGCCUUUUUCACAUGAGUGGUGAAAUAUUGUGUGAAGAUAUGUCUAUACAAUUACAAAAGUUACUUGAAGCUGAUACAGUAAUUGAUGGGGCUAGUUUAAUUAUUGAUUUUCAAUCACCAGCUAAUGUUGAAUCUUCAAAUACAAGUGAUCAAUAAAAGUGAUUUCUUUUGUUUGACCAUA